CACUUCCUCAUAUAGGAACAUGAACAAGCUGAGCAGCUCACUCCUUCUCAUUCGCUGCUCAAGAGGACUGCUCAAAGCAGAGGGACUGGGAACCCAACUUUCCCAGCCCGAGGAGACCACAUCCAGACAACUGCGACUGAGAUGACAAACAAAGUUCUCAUUUCUGUCCUUUUGCUAUGUUUUCUCCAACAAGGAAGCACAAGCAAGAUAUUACCUGGAGUUGAGCAAUAUGAAAUAGUUUAUCCACGGAAAUUGCACACAGUACAUAAAAGAGAUGUAGAAAGAAACAAAGAGAAAAAAUACGAUGACACAUUGGAGUAUGAAAUCAAAGCCAAUGGAGAGGAAGUCAUACUGCACCUCGAAAAAAAUAAGGAUCUAUUAGCUAAAGACUAUACUGAAACAGUUUAUUCAGAUGAUGGUCAACAAAUAACAACGAGUCCUCAGAUCAAGGAUCACUGUUACUAUGAAGGUUAUAUUCAGGAUGAUGCUGAUUCAACAGCAAGCAUCAGUACUUGCACAGGUUUAAGUGGGUAUUUUGAGACCCGUGGUCAGAAGUACCUUAUUGAACCAUUGGGAUCUUCAGACAGAGACGAACACGCAGUCUACGAGUAUGAGAAACUCAGAGAAGAUGAGCCCAUAAAAACCUGCGGUGUAGUCAAUAGUAGUUGGGAUGUUCAUUCAAAAUACCGCAUCGGUGACAUCUUCAAAUCCAGCAACAGUCCAGAAAUGAAGGCAUAUCUGAAAGCAAAAAAGUAUCUGGAAGUGUACAUUGUCGCAGACAACACUAUGUAUAAGAAGUAUAACCAAGAUGUUGAAACUGUGAGACAAAGGAUAUUUGGAAUAGUCAAUUACAUCAACACGGUUUAUAAGGCCAUAAAUAUUUACGUGGCUCUAAUUGGCCUAGAAAUCUGGACAGAUAAUGAUAAAUGCCUCUUGAGUCGUACUGCAGGAUUCACUCUGGACAGCUUCUCAAAGUGGCGUAACUCAGAUUUAUUAAAGAGGAAAAGAAACGACAAUGCUCAGCUAAUCACGGGCUAUGACUUUGAGGGGACAACAAUUGGAUUAGCUUUUCUAAAAUCCAUAUGCAGUGAUGUAUACUCUGCAGGUAUAAUUCAGGAUCACAGCAGGAAUGAAAUUGCAGUUGGAGCUACCAUGGCACACGAGAUGGGACACAACCUCGGCAUGAGUCACGACACCAAAGCCUGCAUAUGUAGUGCUAAAGUCUGUAUCAUGACAGAUACCGUCAGCUCCAUCAUCCCCAAGUUAUUCAGCUCUUGCAGCCUCCAAGACUUUGAGAAAUACAUGCUGAAUGACAUGCCAAAAUGCUUAACUAACAUCCCAGAUAUAAACACCAUCGUAGCACCUCCAACCUGCGGAAAUGGCUUUGUGGAAAAAGGAGAGGAAUGCGACUGUGGUACUGCCGAGGAGUGCACAAACCCCUGCUGCAACCCCGAGACGUGCAAACUGACGGCGGGAUCCAAGUGUGCUCAUGGAGAGUGCUGUGAGAAUUGCCAAUAUAAAGCAGCAGGAACUGUUUGCCGAGCAGUUAAGGAUGAGUGUGACCUGCCCGAGAUGUGCACCGGUUAUUCUGGGAAUUGCCCAUCGGAUCGAUUCCGUAUGAAUGGACAUCCUUGCAACGAGGGAGAAGGCUUUUGUUACAUGGGGAACUGCCCCACCCGAGAACAACAGUGCAAAGCUGCUUUUGGACCACGGGCUACUGAAGGUGCAGCUUCCUGUUACCGGAUGAACGAGAGAGGGGUAUAUUACGGAUACUGCAAGAAAAAAAGUGGUAGUCACGUCCCAUGUAAAAGAAAAGAUAUAAUGUGUGGGAAGUUGUUCUGUACUGGAGGGCAGGAGAUGCCUACGUAUGGGAGCCUGGUGACUUUUGAGUCCUGCAAAGCAAGUUUUCCUAGGGAUGGAGAAGGAGAUUUGGGGAUGAUCCUCAAUGGAACCAAGUGUGGGGAUGGAAUGGUAUGCAGCAAUGGAGAAUGCGUCCCUGCUGAAGAUGUCUUUAGAUCAAGUGACUGCUCUGCUAAGUGUCCAGGACAUGCUGUAUGCGACCACGAGUUGCAAUGCCAGUGUGAGGAAGGAUGGGCACCACCAACCUGCGACAGCUCAUCAGCUGCUACCAGUUUCGCUAUCAUUGCUGUUGUGCUGGUCAUCCUUACUGUCACAAUAAUUGCAGCAGCGUUACUUAUCUACUUCCGAGUAUUCAAGAAGAGCAGGCAGACCAGGAGGGGACCUGGAGCUACAAACCAAGUCUUUGUGGAUCAAGAACAAGGAGAACACCCAGGCCUGGCCAUACCUGCCCAGAAGAUGAACGAUAAGAAACUUCUCCUUCCUGUACCCCCACCGCAGGAAAACAAACCACAGCUUCGGAGUCCCAUCAUAAGACCGAAGGGUCCCCCACCUCCCAUCCCUUCCACCAAGCCAGCCUCUUCUCACACACAAGAGCUGUUUGCACCGGAGAAAAAGCCUGCUUGCCUCCCAGUUCCCAAAGGCAAACCUCCACCUCCACCUCCACCAAAGGCUUUAAAACCUCCAGUUAAUCCCCGUGUAUGAAGCCUCCGAAGUAGGGCUGAUCAAGGUCCCUGAACGUUCAGGGACAGUAUGUCCAGUGAUUCCUCCACUUUUGGUAAAGGCUUCCUUUUUUUUUUUUUUUUUUAAUAUAUUAAAAAAAGAAUGGCUUACUGACAGCUGCUUUGAAAUGAGAAGUCUGGUUUUCAAACAGCAAGAAACCCUCUGGUGAUGACAUCAAGCUGCUGUCUGAAAGGAAACUGAAGCAGAAUUGCUACUUGCACUGAGGUGUAAACUAGGAGGACGUUACGAAAGCUGCUUAAUGUCCCAACUCCUAGGCCACCCCCACAAGAAGUGGCUGCACUGGGAUACCUGUACAUGCGCUGCUUUUCUCUGUAGAGACCUGAGAAAGUCAGGGAAAAGCACGGUACGCUGAUUAUUUUUGUAAAUUACAAACUAUUUGCUGCAUUUCUGGAUCUUUGCCAGCCCUCUCUUCAGCAACAGACCAGACCUUCUGCUUCACGUGCAAAGUUGCAACCUCCGGAACAAGAAAAAUCCUUCCUGCCCUUCGGAGAAAAGUUUGCGACCCUGAGGCCUGAACAAGCCUUGGAAUAAUAAGAUUACAGAAUGGAAACCAACUGAUUCUGGAAGGAUCCUUUGGGAUCAGAUACUCUUAUUAAUCCUUAGAUUACCUGUUAAACAGGAUUCCUCUGUUCAGUUGGUAGGACUGGAGUUAUGCUCAGCAGCAAAGCACGCGGGAAUCAAACCACUUGCUGCUUGCAAGCGCUCCCAGAGCUCGGGCUGUGCCAGCUUAAGAAAGAGCUCCAGCUGCCAUCAUUGCACUUGGACAGAAAAAUUUAGAAAAGCGCAGUCAACAAAAUCUUUAAUCAUUAAUUUUAUUCACCCCUCAGCUCCAGAAAUAUCUGGAUAUUUCUCCCUUCCAGGGUAUACACACCUUGGUGUUUUCGUUUAAUUGCUCUUGCAGCGGGGUGUGUUAUUGUAAAGUUGCUAAUGAGAACUCGGCUGGGCACAGGGGUUUGUUAUUGUGGGACUGCAGCGCAGCAUGAGGCUUUGCACACUGGUUCAUUACUGAGGGGUUCUUCAUUCGUUCUGGCCUGCUGGCAUCCACACUGUUGACACUCUUGGCCUGCUGGCAUAGAUCUGCAUGAUACUGUUGGCAUUGCUGUUAAUAAUACUGUGAGGGUGCUGGCACUGAUGCUAUUGUUACCGUUGGCACCGAUACCUUUCAUGUGGUUGGCAUCGAUAUUUUUAAGUUAAAGCACACAGAAGUGUUUUUCAAGGAAUAAAAAAAUUUUUACCAGAAAAAAAAAAAAAAAAAGGAACAAAAUUGUCCUCAACCCAAAGUACUCAAGAUUUUAUGGAGAUUCCAGUUUGAACUGGAUUUGUGUUUGGAUCAGGAUCAAAAUCAGAGCAGUCCUUUGGCUUUCCAAAUCAAUUACACUGUGCCUGUGCAGUUUCCAGCCUUUGGGCAUAGUGGCCAGAGAAGAUGGCACAGCUGCCAAACUGCCAAAACAAAAUCUGGGGCCUCAGGCCAGCGCUGUGCAUGCUUGUACCUGGAUUUGGCUCUGCCCAGCACACGUUAGGAUUUUAAAAUAAGCCUGAUCCUCAGAGGGUGCGAGAACUUCUACUCAUGUUCACCAACCAGCUCACACCCACUGAAAUCCCAACCCAUAUUAUCUUGUUCUGGUGCUGGCCACACAACGGGACAGUCACUUUUUAAAAACAGAGCCUCCUUACACACUGUGAUCAUUACCUGCAGACCCAUCAUCUCUGACAUGAAAUACAUAUAUAUAUGUACAUAUAUACAUAUAUAGAAAUACAUAUAAAAUUCAAUUUUUUCUUUGGGGCUAGGUGUGCUUUGACAGUGCCAAUCAGUUAAGGUACACCCCGCAAAAUACAGUUGUGAUGAAAUUACCGUCUUCGGUUUGAGGAGCGAGGUAGUUUUGGAAGAGCAUGGCUUUCUUCCGCUUUGUAUAAUUGCUUUGUUAUUUUAGUCAAAAAUGGAUUUUAAUGUAUCCGUAUUUGACUCGGGUAUAAAGAUUUAGAACUUUUUUUUUUUAUGAACUGUAAUUAAUGUAUUUACAAUAUUUUCUGUAUUAAAAGUGUUCUGUCACAAAACUA